UCGUCAUGUUUGUUAGUGAAGAAGUAAAGACUUUAUGCAAUUGUCCUAUGAUACGUCUUCGUAAAGCAAUAGGCGAUAAUGGACUGGUACAGCAACAAGAUUGGCAAAAGCGCUGGGUUAGCAUGCCAAAGGUUUACUUAGAUUCGAGUCCAGAACGUAUUGAUAAGUUUUCUACGCGUGAUGACGAUGUUUUUGUGGUAACAUUUCCGAAGUGUGGCACCACUUGGAUGCAGGAGCUCGCUUGGCUACUGCUAAAUCAGUUGGAUUUUGAGCGUGCCAAGUCCAGCUAUGCAAUGGAACGCAGCAUAUACUUAGAGUACUCACUUGUACUACCUACGCUAACGAUGGAUACGAUAAAGGCAUGUGAUGAACAGGCUAGUCCACGUCUAAUUAAGUCCCAUCUGCCUGCUCCAUUGCUACCAAGUGAGAUUUGGCAGCACAAGCGAAAGACAAUCUACGUUGCUCGCAAUCCCAAAGAUGUAGUAGUGUCUUAUUAUCACUUCUUGCGAGGUAUUGGAGUUUGGACAGGCUUGGAUUUCGAUAGUUUUGUGGAUGAUUUUAUGUUCAAUAAGAUUUCGUAUGCUUCUUAUUGGGCCCAUAUUAUAGACUUUUGGAGAAUGCGUAACGAAGCAAACAUUUUCUUCGUAACCUACGAACAGAUGAAGUGUGACCUAAAGUCAGUGAUUGAAAGGUUGCAAAACUUCUUAGAGCUCAAGAGUUUAAAUGAUGAAAGCAUGGAGAAACUCUUAAAUCACCUGUCAUUUCAAAAUAUGAAAGACUCAAAAUACACCAACUUGACUGGCUUGCUGAAAACAACUGAAAAAACAAGAGAUGAUUUUGAAUUUAUGCGACGCGGAGUAGUUGGUUCAUAUAAAGAUGAAUUAACCGAGGCUCAAAGGCAGAAGUUAGAUGAUUGGACUGCGGAAUUUUUGCAGGAGUAUGAUCUUAAAGAAAGUGACAUUUUCGGUCUUAUAUAGAAAAAUAACCACUGAGACCUUAUAUAUAA